AUGGAGAGUGGGAUGAACAUGAACAUGAAGGUGGCGGUUUGUUUCAAAGGAAACAACUACUUGGUGUGGUCUCGGAUGGUGAGAACCACGGUGGGAAGCAAGGGGCUUUGGAAGCACAUCACGCCAGGAGAAGCUCCAAAGCUCAUCACUCAAGGAGAGGCUGAAGAUGAAGCCGCAAGCAAGGCAGAAGAGAAGUAUCAAGAGGACAUGUUGGUGAUGUCUGUGCUUCAUGUGUUCCUUGAGCCGGCUAUUCUGGAUGCAUACAGCUACUGUGAGUCUGCUAAAGAGCUGUGGGAUACUUUGAAGAAGGUGUAUGGCAAUACUUCAAACCUUAGCCGAGUGUUUGAAGUGAAGCAAGCUAUCAACAACCUUGUACAAGAAGACAUGGAGUUCACUAAGCAUCUAGGAAGAUUCAGAAGUCUCUGGUCUGAAAUGGAGAUGCUUAGGCCAAGCACAACAGAUGCUGAUGAGCUUAACAAGAGGAGAGAGCAAGAUAAGGUCUUUGGGCUACUCCUCACGCUGAACCCGGCCUACAACAGUCUCAUUCAACACUUGCUGAGGGAAGAUACUCUCCCGGAUCUUGAAGAUGUGUGUGCAAGGAUUCAGAAGGAACAAGGCUCCAUUGGGUUGUUUGGAAAGAAAGGAGAGCUAUCCCUUGUGAAUCAAGCAACCCAAGAGGAAGGAAGUGAAGCUCCUCAAGCAAACAAAGCUGCGCAUGGGAAGUAUGAGGAGAGGAGGUUCAAUGGGAGUUGUGAUCACUGCAAGAAGCAUGGCCACAAGAAGAGUCAAUGCUGGAUACUCCACCCACAUCUCAAGCCGGCUAAGUUCAUGAAAGACCGUGAGGCAAGGGCAAAUGCCUCGGAUGGUACAAGUGGAGCUGGUACAAGCAAAGGAAAGGAGAUAGAUGGGCGUGAGGCAGGUGAUGGGAAGUCACUUGUAGCCUACACCGGAGCACCAAGCAACCGUGGGAGCAAUGAUCAGGAGUAUCUAAGGAGAUCCGACCUUGAUGCUCUCAUUAAGCUGUUCAAGGAGAAUUGUAACACCUUUGGGUACUCUUUUGGUGCUAGGGUUGUAGAGAACUAUAAGGAUCUAACUAGAACUGAUAGGAUGCAUGAGAGUUUGAUAGAAAUGGUAAAUCAAUCUAGGAUUGCAAACUUUGCUAGAAAUGAUCAUGCAUUCAAACCAUCUGGUAUCCUUGCGCAUAUUGCUAGUUCCCAUGACAUUAACCCAUUAGUGAUUGAUUCAGGUGCAUCUCAUCAUAUGAUAAGUGACACUAUCUUGAUUAAAGACAUUGUACCAAUGAAUGGAAAUGUGAUGAUUGCUAAUGGAGAUAAGAUUCCUAGUAGAGGGAUAGGAAGUCUUAAACUGUUUGAUAAGGAAACUAAAGCUUUUUAUAUGCCUGAAUUCACUUCAAACUUCUUAUCUGUUAAGAAGUGUGCUCCUGAUUUGCAAUGCAAUGUUAUAUUCAGUCCUAAUGAUGUGAAGUUUCAGGAUAUUAAAAGCAGCAAGAUGAUUGGAAAGGGAGUGACUAAAGGAGAACUAUAUUUACUUGAAGAUCUCACUCCUGUUUCUAAAUAUAGCUGCCCGUUUACUUCUGUUUCUGGUUCUUAA